CUCAUCCUACACCAACGGACCAUCAGUCAUCAUUCUCGCCUCUACUCUCUUUCGUCGUACCUUCUCUCAAACAGCCAAAAGAAUGGGUGUCACAGUCGAGACCAUUUCCGCCGGUGACGGCAAGAACUUCCCCAAGUCUGGAGACAAGGUCUCCAUGCACUACGUCGGUACCCUCCAAGACGGCAGCAAGUUUGACUCGUCCCGAGACCGCGGAUCUCCCUUCCAGACUCAGAUCGGUGUCGGUCAAGUCAUCAAGGGAUGGGAUGAGGGUGUUCCUCAGCUCUCCCUCGGACAGAAGGCCAACCUGAUCUGCACCCCUGACUACGCCUACGGACCCCGAGGUUACCCUCCCGUUAUCCCAGCCAACGCUACCCUCAAGUUCGAGGUUGAGCUUCUGGCCAUCAACGGAAAGAGCUCUUAAAUCGAAGCUCUGUCAAUAAGUGCAGGGUCGAGACAACUAGGGGUAAUCUGGAAGGAUUGAAAGAAAUUUGCCAUAUCUUGGGCAGUCAGUAAUGUCACAAUUUCUGACCACCAUGAGUUGUGCGUGCUGCUCGUCGCUUGCAAUUCUGCUGAUGAUUUACGGUGAUCUAGAGAAUUUGUUAUGACAUUCGAGAGCAUGAGGGUCAAAUGCGAUAAGUAGCGACGAGAGAGUUCGGACGUGAGAAGGCAUGACGAAUCAGGCAGGAAGGAUUUGGAACGAUAGGGUAUCGGGUGUCGGGUAUCGAAGAAAUUCGUCAGGUCUUGAAAGGUCGUCAUAUGGCGCCGAUGAGUGAGCGAAGGUUCAGAGUUCUGCACAACAUUGCCUCCUCAGGCACAUCUCAGUACAGUGUCUUGUCAGUUUGCACCAGACGGUAAGCAUGCUCGAGGCUCGCCUUGUACCUCCAGACGAG